GAGCUCCGUAUUGGAUAUCCACGCGCACACGGUUUAAUCUCCGAUACGCUUCCGUAAAACCCACGAUAUAAAACACCACACCGUCCCCCUUCUCCUUCUCAAUCCUCACAACAACAAUUCCUCGUUCUCCUUUGCCCUUCUUCAUCUCUCUCAAGUUCGAUUUUUGUGAAUUGGGUUUUGUGAUUUUAGCCUCCCUUCACAAUGAAGAUCAGCAACAACCUCGUCGGGCUUCUCAACUUCAUCACCUUCCUCCUCUCAAUCCCGAUCGUCGUAGCCGGAGUGUGGCUGAGCAAGCAAGGCAGCACCGAGUGCGAGAAGUUUCUGGACAAGCCCGUCAUCAUUCUCGGCGUUUUCCUCAUGCUGGUCUCGCUCGCCGGCCUCAUCGGCGCCUGCUGCAGAGUCUCGUGGCUGCUCUGGGUCUACCUCCUCGUCAUGUUCCUCCUCAUCGUCGUGCUCUUCGCUUUCACCAUCUUCGCCUUCGCCGUUACCAACAAAGGCGCCGGCAAAGUGCUUUCCGAUAAAGGGUACAAGGAGUACAGGCUUGGGGACUAUUCUAACUGGCUGCAGAAGAGGGUCAACAGCACCAAGAACUGGAAUAAGAUCAAGAGUUGCCUUAUUGAUAGCAAGGUCUGCUCUACGUUUCAGGAAAAGUAUGUCAACGAUACCAUCACGGAGUUGUAUAAGGAGAACUUGUCUGCGCUUCAGGCCGGUUGCUGUAAGCCAUCAGAUGAUUGUCAAUUUACCUAUGUGAACACGACUAACUGGAACAACAACGGUAACACCAGCUCUUCCAACCCCGACUGCAACACAUGGGCGAAUGAUGCAAGGGUUCUGUGCUUCAACUGCCAGUCAUGCAAGGCUGGACUGCUGGACAACAUAAAAAGUAACUGGAAGAAGACGGCUGUCGUCAACAUUGUAUUCUUGAUCUUCCUCAUUGUUGUGUACUCUGUUGGAUGCUGCGCAUUCAGGAACACCAGGAGGGACAAUGAAUAUUGGAAGCAUUAAGCAAUAUCAGAUAUUGGCAUGUAAUGUAGAGAGUAAAUAGCAGCUUGCUCUUAGUCUUGAAACCUAUGUCUUAUUAACUUACUUAUGUUUAUUAAUUUCUUGUAAAGUAUUUCAUCACGUUUGGUUUAGGUUAUUAUAUUUUUUCAGCUGCUAGUUUUAUGUUUUUUCAGCUGCUAGUCUUUUCUCCUUUUUACCUGCUUGUGCUGUGACAUUGUUUUGGGAAGUUAUCUUUGACUUUA